UCCAAGGGCCUGAAAUCAGAAUUUUUUGCAAAUCGCUUAAAUUUGAAUAUAAACGAAAACAUAAAUAAAAAACACAUUUUCAGUUUUACUUUUUUUGGAUCUGAAAUUCGGUUGGCAACAACGGUCACUCGUCACUUUCCUAGAAAAAAGAAAGAGAAAGAGGACAUCUUCGUAAUUCUUCUUUCUCGUAUGAUUCGUUCCAUUUUUAAAUUUUCUAAACCCCGAUGAUUCAUGAUUUGAUCACAAAUUUGCUCCUUCUGUCUCUUCCAAUUCCUCCUUCAAGCUGCACACCAGCAUAGGCUGGUGUGGGAACUUCAAAUUUGAUUUGGGUGAAAUGUAGAUCUAUGAUGUUUUAAGCAAUUAAAGCACUUAAUGCUUUCUACAAUUUGGGAUUUUAUUGUGACAUCUGGAAUCAUUAUGGUGGGAAUGACCGUCAAGAGGAAUCCAAGGGGGUUUACGAACCUUUUGUCCUCUAUGGCUUCAGAAUGGUUGUUGAUAUUCCUGUUGUUUGUUGACGCUGCAUUUUCAUAUUUGCUGACAAAAUUUGCACGCUACUGCGAAUUGAAAACACCUUGUCCAUUAUGCUCGAGGCUUGAUCAUGUUUUCGGAAAUGAAAAACUUGAAUUCUAUCAGAAUUUGCUCUGCAGCAACCACCGAAUGGAAGUAUCAUCUUUGAUAUCUUGCCAGAUUCAUGGUAAGCUUGCUGAUGCCUGUGGGAUGUGUGAAGAAUGUCUCAUGUCCUUCUCCAUGAAGAACAAAUUGAACUCUGAAUCAUACAGGUUGUUGGUGGGUAAAUUGGGGAUCGAUUACAAUCAGUGUGGCUUUCCAAGUUCAUUUUCAAAUAAGAAUAUUAUCUUGGGUUCUUUAAGCACAAAGACAUGUUCUUGUUGCAAUAAGAAAUGGAGGGCUAGGCCAAAUGCUCAAAGAUUGCUACAGCCAACUCUAGCUGGGUUAGGGAGUAUUAAAACUAAUAAUAAAGCUCUAGUUGGGUUAGCGAGUAUUAAAAGUAAUACUAAACCUCCUUUGCCACUUUUGCCAAGUCGCAGCCAUUUAAGCCAUCGGGAUAGCUUUAAGAAAAUAAGGGAUAAAAUUUCGGCGCCAAUAACACCUCGUCGUCUUGGAAAUACUGUUGUUGAUCCUUUGUCUCAUGUGGGAUACUCUGAGCUCAAGAUUACUUCAGAUUCCGAGUCUGAGUUUCCAUUUUCUGAUGAUGACGAUGAUACCAAGGAUGUUCUAGCCACUCAACAUUGUUCGGGUAUUUUAUCUAAAGUACAUCCUGACAAUUUGACUCCAUUUAAGCAGACUCAGCGAGCUUCCGAUCCUGGGACUUCACUUUUAGAUCAAUAUGACCAACUUGAUGUAAGAGAGCCUCGUGAUGUGGAAUGUUUGGCAUUUGAUGAUGUUAAAGGACGUGGUUGGGGGGAACUACACUGGGAACAAGCCAAUCCAAAGCCUAAUCAUACUGCUCUGCCUGAACUUAUCUCACUAGAUGAUAUUCCCCCUUCGUCUAACAUUGUAGAAGCACUACCUCACAAUUCCAGUUUGGUUGCGUUAUCUAAGCUUGUUUCUCUAAAUGACAUUCCUCCAUCUUCCAAUGUCAUGGAAAUUCCUGUUGGAAUAUCACCAGAUAAGUCAGUAGAUGUUAUCGGAACCAGUGACAUUGGACAUAAAUCCUUCAUCAAGCAUGAAGUAUCUGAGUUGAUGAAUACAACAACUGCAACACGUUUUAAAACUGAUCAGGUUUUGAAUGAUAUUGCUCCACCAAUGUCAAAUUAUGUGGGUCCAAGCAAUGAGUGCAAGUUAGCUGAUAGUAAUAAAGCAAGAGAAGUUCCUCAUAUGGUUUCUGAACUUGCUGUCGGUAUUGAUUCUGCAAAAGUUCAUGAUCAAAUAGUGUCUUAUCCUGUGAUUGGUCCAUCUUUAAACAAUACAAGUCUCAAAGUGCAUGAUCAUCACGAUGAGUUGCAGAGAAGUGAUGCUUAUAGUUUUAAUGGAAUUCAGGUGCUUCAAAAUUCAGUUUCAUUGGUGAGAAAUGAUUCUAGUUAUGAAUCUUUGGAUGGAAGCACUAUCAGUGAAAUUGAUGGUGAAAGCAUUGUUGAUACUCUAAAGCGACAGGUUGACUAUGAUAAGAAACGCAAUAGUGCUCUAUACAAGGAAUUAGAGGAAGAAAGAAAUGCUGCUGAAAUUGCAGCAAAUCAGGCAAUGGCCAUGAUUACAAGGUUGCAAGAGGAGAAGGCAUUGCUACAUAUGGAGGCUUUGCAGUACUUAAGAAUGAUGGAGGAGCAAGCGGAGUAUGAUAUGGAGGCACUCGAAAAAGCCAAUGAUCUCCUAGCUGAAAGGGAGAAGGAGAUGCAAGAUUUGGAAGCAGAGUUAGAAUUUUACAAGAACAAUGUCUCGGACGAAACAAUGGUGGAAAGUUUACCUGGGGAAACCAACAACCCAAAGGUAGACAACACAAGGAUAGAUAAUAAUGGUGUACCCCAGAUUAAAAGUAUUGCCAAUAUGAGUUGUGCUUCCGUGUCCAAGCUUAACGAUAUUAAGACUUCACUGUUAGACUAUGAGGGUGAGAAACAAUACAUUUCGCAAUAUUUGAAGAAGUUGGAGAGCAAGUUGCAUCAAGUUUCUGGUAAUGGGACACCUAAUGGUGAGAGACAAACUGAUCAGCAGAAGCAAGAGAAUGGUUUGUCAAUGCCAAAUGAUUUAUCUGCAUUAAAUGGAAGGCUCUCUACUCUUGAUGGUUCUGAUGUCUCGAUUGAGGACAAUAGUUCUGUCAUUAAAGAGAACAAUCAUUUUGAUUCUGAUUGGGAAGAAUCCUCCAUUCAAGGUGGGUAUAUUGAUUUGAAUGAUCUUCGUAGUGAAAUUUCAGACCUUAAUGGAAGGUUGCAAGCAAUUGAGGUUGAUCGUGAUUUUCUCAAGCAUGCAUUUAACUCACUCAGAAAUGGGACUGAGGGAUUGCAGUUCAUUCAAGAAAUAGCUCAUAAUCUACAGGAAUUACGGAAAAUUGGGAUUGAGAACAGAUGUCUAUCCGUUCCUUGAGUCUAUAUUUAUAUGUCUACCGUCACCAGAAAUGGGACCAAGGAAUUACAGUUCAUUCAAGAAAUAGCUCAUAAUCUACAGGAAUUACGGGAAAUUGGGAUUGAAAACAGAUGUCUAUCCGUUCCUUGAGUAUACGUGUCUACCGUCACCAGUUUCAUAAUUAAAGAGGAUGAACUAAUCACAGAAAAGGCCUUCUCUGUCAUCGUCAGUAUAUUGGUUUUAAACAUGCGGGGAGGUCAUCAUGACGUGCUGCUUGCAAAUUGCGAUCUAAGACAGAUUUUGUGUACAGCCAGCCACCCCUUAAUUUUGAGGAAGAAUAAUAGUAUGAUCUGGAACUAGUUAUUGAAGUUUGAUGUGAUCGCUUCCCAUUUUCCAAUAGAUCUUCAUCUUGGUAUAGUUUUCAACAUAGUGAUUAUAGAUAAAAAGGAGCUCACCAGAGUUGUCUCUCACCCACAAAUACUAAACAAUCGGUUUCUUCAAGAAACGUCGGUACCUCUCUGUCACCUUAUUGUAGCGUUCUGUGUAACUGUUUUCGUGUAAAUAAAAAUGAAUCUUAUUCAAAAAGUUAUUUUUCUUUUUCAACUGUAAGCUAAAUAAAAUGGGUCU